CAGUAUCACUGUUCUCUCUCUCGCUCCAUAAGAACCCCACCUUCCUCUCCUCCCCAACCUACCACGCUUGCACGGCCGCCGUUCUCUCGCCGGGAUCCCGAUCAUCAUCAUCGGAGACUAUCAAGUCGAGAGGAACCUCAGCGGCCAUGUCCUCCGGGCGCUACAUGCCCUAUUCCCCAUCCCCUUCCGCUCCCCACUCGCCCCAUCUAUCUGGAAUUCGCUCUGCCUCUUCCGCCCUCGCUGAGCAGGAGAAGUAUCUGUCUGAGCUGCUCGCGGAACGACAUAAACUUGGUCCUUUUACCCCUGUGCUUCCUCAUAGCUACCGGUUGUUGAACCAGGAAAUUUUGCGUAUAACCACGUUGUUGGGGAAUGCAUCUCUUUUAGAUCAAAGUGGUCUAGAACAUGGUAGGCCCCUGACAACUGGAGGAUUGUUUUCAAAUGGAGGAGCAGCUGAUAUGAAUGGGUGGGCAUCAGCAUUUCAACCAGAAAGGAUGGGAAUGCUGCAACCUUCAGCAGCACAAGGUUGGCUUGGUUCGCAAGGUGCCUCAUCCGGUCUUAUUGUUAAAAAGACAAUCAGAGUGGACAUUCCAGUUGACAAAUUCCCUACUUACAACUUUGUCGGGCGCCUUCUUGGUCCUAGGGGAAACUCACUCAAGCGUGUGGAGGCAAGCACGGAAUGCCGUGUACUAAUAAGAGGACGGGGCAGCAUUAAGGAUCCAACACAGGAAGACAUGCUGCGAGGGAAACCUGGUUAUGAACAUCUCAAUGAGCCUCUUCACAUACUGGUGGAGGCAGAGCUGCCGGUUGAAAUUAUUGAAGCUCGACUGAUGCAAGCUCGCGAGAUUCUUGAAGAUCUGCUCAAGCCUGUGGAUGAAUCACAGGACUUCUUCAAGAAACAGCAGCUGCGAGAGCUUGCUUUGCUCAACGGGACACUACGCGAUGAAGCGUCGCACAUGUCCGGUUCAGUGUCCCCUUACAAUAGUCUUGGAAUGAAGAGAGCAAAGACAAGGGGGUAAAACUCAAGACCUGUUUGCUUGGCACCUCCUUUCUGAGGGCAAAAUCCAUGCUUGUGAGAGUGAUUCUCCUGUAACUGGCGUGUCAUCUUGCCCCAUGCUCCGACCGCCCAUCGGGGCUCUGGCACCAAGGCUCCUCUUUGUUGUCGUCGUUGUCUCUAAGAAUAAGUUUGUUUGGAAGUGUGUUUUUCCCUGCUACUUGGGAGGUUUGAAUCAGUUAAAAAGUGCUGUGGUUUGCACCCCAUUUUGAGUCAUCAUUUGAGUUGGUCUUUGUAUGUUUGCUUGCCUUAACAAGGUGGAAAACAGAAAUGAAACCUUGUACUAGUGAGUAAUAGGAUUUCAUCCAUGCUUUUGCAGUUUUGAAACCUUAAUAUAUAAGGUUUGUAUAGAGUAUUAGGCUUGGUCUUGUAUAAACUGAGACAAUGUUACUCCCUUAAAAGCAUGCUAUUUUGAUUUACUAAUGUUUGUUAA